UCAUGCAAAACAAGUCCGGGUUUGGAAUUACCAGUGUGGUGAGAGAGCCUGCGAGUGUCUGUAGGUGGAGCUCCACCCACCCUCUCCUCUUCCAGUUGGUCCACACCUUGGAGCCAACCACCUCAAAAUAUCCAGGUGAGACCAAAUCAGUCAACAUCGACACAAGGCCUGCUGGGACACAACUUACUCACCUGUCAGGAGGCAUCGUGUUCCUGUGUAGAGGAAAAGCUAAGAAUAUUCAGCCUCGUCUCAAGGUCAGUUCAUCAAGAAUCCCAUCCUGAAGAUUCCUGAAGAGCUGCUCCUUCUCUCUCAGCCUCCCCAGUCCCCUCUUGCACCUCGACAGCAGCAGUCAUGAACUGGUCUGCGCUGGAGUCCCUCCUCAGCGGGGUCAACAAAUACUCCACUGUGUUCGGCCGUAUCUGGCUCUCCAUGGUCUUUGUCUUCAGGGUGAUGGUGUUCGUGGUGGCCGCCCAGCGGGUGUGGGGCGAUGAGAGCAAGGACUUUGUCUGCAACACGGCCCAGCCGGGCUGCAACAACGUGUGCUACGACCACAUCUUCCCCAUCUCCCACAUCCGCCUGUGGGCCCUGCAGCUCAUCUUCGUUACCUGUCCGUCGCUGAUGGUGGUCGGGCACGUCAGGUAUCGGGAGAAAAAGGACAUGCAGUACACCUCCUCGCACAAGGGCACCCAUCUCUAUGCCAACCCUGGGAAGAAACGCGGGGGGCUGUGGUGGACCUACCUGGUGAGUCUGAUUUUCAAGGCAGGCUUUGAUGCCGGCUUCCUCUACAUCCUGUAUUACAUCUAUGAUGGUUACGACAUGCCCCGCCUGUCCAAGUGCUCCCUGGAGCCGUGCCCCAACACGGUAGACUGCUUCAUAUCCCGCCCCACCGAGAAGAAGAUCUUCACCCUCUUCAUGGUGGUUUCCUCUGCCGUCUGCAUCUUCAUGUGCAUCUGCGAGAUGAUUUACCUCAUCUGCAAACGGAUCCAGAAGGUCAUCAGGAGGAAAGCCGAGGCAGACAUGAGGAUGUUCGCCAAGACUCACGAGAUGGCGCCGCUGGCAGCGCCAAGGUCGGAGUUCAGGUCCAAACCACCAAUCAGGAUGGAUCCUACACUAUCUAUCCAGAACCUCAGUAACACCAAGGCUGAGGAGGCUACUGAGAAAAAAUAAUGUUCAGCUACAAAUGUGGCAGGGGCUUUGUUGAAGAACUGAAUGAAGUACACAAGGUGCCAGAAUACGACGAGAACUGCUGCUCAGGGCCAAAGAGAUGUCCAUCAAUUCAGGGAUUUCUGAGACCUUGUUUUGGAAAUAUUACCAAGUUAAAUGACUUUGUGCUGAACGUACACCUGCUGCAUGCAAAUGAACUCCUCGAAGGGGAGGAUUACAGAGGAAGCUAAGCUAUUAUCUAUAAUGUAAGAAUCCAAUGUUGAAAGUCCUCAUGUGAUGUAGUCACAGAGUGAACCCCAUCUCUUAACAUACACACUGGCCAAUAAUUAAUAAAACAAGAUACAGCACACAGAGCACUUUUGUCCUUACUGUUAACACAUUAAUCUGCAGAAAAUGCUCUGUAUUGUAAUCGUAAAGAGUUAAACUUUUUUAUUGGUGUUUUACCAAUGAAAUUCUCACUUUGCUAGUCCUCCACUGACACUGUUUAAGAUUUAACUCAAAAUGUAAAAUAUUAACCAUGUUAUGUCCUCAUACUAUGAAAUCUGAAUUGUUCAAUGGAUGUUCAGGAUACAUUUAUGCACUUAUUCAUAUAUCCUCUAAAAAAAGACACCAUGUUUUUAUACCCAGAAACCAAGUAUCGGUGGGUUUCUUUUUUGGUUCUUUUGUAAAAUAAUGAGGUAAGAUGCUAGAUAAUAUAUUUUGUUUUACAUUUUGUAUUUAUUGUUGUGAUCUAUGAAAUUGUUUCACUGUUAAAAUAUCAAA